GUGUGGGUCAUGUGAUGGGUCAGAUUGGAAGUAGCGAUGCUGAAAGGAAAAGGAAGGAAGGCUUCUAUGUACAUCACGAUCACAGUAGUUGACAGUAGUGCCGUGUCCGUCUAAGGGAGUGGAACUAAACGGUUUUCCGGUCGUUCAUACUUCACUUUCAUUCAGAUUGAUUUCAUUUCGCACCAGCUGGUACGACAUUAUUUUCCACCCAACAUUUUUCCUUGGCCUUAUAUUUUCUUAUUAUAAUUUUUAAUAAUUAAUUUAUAUUGCUUGGAAGUUUUUUCGCCGAAUUAAAUUUAGUGCAACAGGCAACCAGUGAUUUCGAACAAAUGAGAAAGUGCUUCACAAAGAAGCUAUGAUGGAUACUCACACGACAUUUGGCCGAAAAAGUGGUUGCACAAUUUCAAAAUGUGGAGGAUUUUUAUUGGGUUCGGCUUUUCUGCUGGGCCUCGUAACAACCGGACUUCUAGUUUUUCAUUUUGCUCCCUGCUUAGAAGGGAAAAAAAUAAAACCCUAUGAAGAUUUUUUUGGAAGUACAAAUCUUCAAGCUAUCAGGACAUUAGCAACAAAGGAUAAAAUUGAUGUCAGACUUCCAAAAUCUGUUAUUCCUGACACCUACGAGCUGAAAUUGACCCCCUUUAUUUGGGAGGGUAAUUUCACUUUUAACGGAGAGGUCAAUAUAAUUGUAAAUGCAACAGAGAAAACAAAAAAUGUAGUUCUACAUGCUGUCGAUCUGGCAAUUGAUAAAAAAUCAACAAGUUUAAGAGAAUACAAUUUGAAUAACAACAAUUCGAAAUUUGUUCAUAUAGAAAAUCAGCAAAACGAUUCUGCCAGAGAAUUUUUUAUAAUCAGAACUGCUGAAUAUCUCAAGCCUGGAAAACAAUAUAUUUUAUAUUUGAAAUUCGUAGGAUACCUCAAUGAUUUUCUCGAAGGUUUUUACCGAAGUUCUUACAAAGUUAAGAACGAAACAAGGUGGAUUGCGACGACUCAAUUUCAAGCAACCGAUGCCCGACGUGCUUUCCCCUGUUUCGAUGAACCAGCUCUUAAGGCGAAAUUUCAAAUUAGCAUUGCCCGACCAAAAAAUAUGACAUCGAUUUCAAAUAUGCCACGGAAAGGAGAACCUGAACCAUUCGCUGGUUUGCAUUCUUACGAAUGGGACCAUUUCGAACGUUCUGUGCCAAUGUCGACAUACCUCGUAGCUUUUAUUGUCUCUGACUUUAAAAUUUUGAAAUCCAGUGAUGAUAAAUUUGGAGUUUGGGCACGAAGUGAGGCUUUAAAUCAGUCACACUACAGUUUAAAGAUUGGGCCCCAAAUUUUGAAACACUAUGAAGAUUAUUUCCAAAUUAAGUACCCUCUCCCCAAAAUGGAUAUGGUCGCCUUACCAGACUUUGGAGCUGGUGCUAUGGAAAAUUGGGGUCUCAUAACUUACAGAGAGACUGCAAUGUUGUAUCAAGAAGGAGUAUCUACAAGCAGUAAUCAGCUACGAGUAGCUGCUGUUGUAGGUCACGAAUUGGCUCAUCAAUGGUUUGGAAAUCUCGUUACGCCCAGUUGGUGGUCGGAUCUUUGGCUUAAUGAGGGUUUCGCUAGUUACGUGGAAUACAUAGGAAUAGAUUCCGUGGAACCAGAAUGGAAGGUUCUGGAACAAUUUGUCGUUGAUGAAGUUCAUAAUGUCUUUGCUUUGGAUGCUUUGGAAUCCUCUCAUCCAAUUUCAAUCCAAGUUGGUCAUCCAGAUGAAAUUGAUGAAAUUUUCGAUAGAAUAUCCUACGCGAAGGGUGCUUCUAUCAUCAGAAUGAUGGAUCAUUUCCUCACAACGGAGGUCUUCAAACAAGGACUUUCGAAUUACUUAAAAGAAAAGGCUUAUCAAAGCGCAGAACAGGACGAUUUGUGGGCUGCGCUGACCAAACAGGCUCAUAAGGAUAAGGCUCUUGAUCAGGAUGUAACUGUAAAGCAAAUAAUGGAUACCUGGACUCUUCAAACAGGUUUUCCUGUAGUGACUGUUACUCGUGAUUAUAAAAAUGGUGGCGCCUCUCUUACUCAGGAGCGAUUUAUGCUGCAAAAUAGUACUUCAUCUAUUUCAUCGAAACCAAUGCCUCUCUGGUGGAUUCCUAUUACAUACACGUCCGAGCAGAAACUAGAUUUCUAUAAAACGCGACCGUCUUACUGGAUGAAGGCGGAAAAGUCGCUUAGUGUAAAUGAGCUUGAAGCAAGUCCUUCUCAAUGGGUUAUUUUAAAUAUUCAACAAACAGGAUAUUAUCGUGUGAAUUACGACAAAGAAAACUGGCAGCUGCUCAUCAAGAAUUUAAAUCGAGCAAAUUUCAAAGAUAUCUCGACAAUAAACAGAGCUCAGUUGAUCGAUGAUGCCUUAAAUUUAGCUAGAGCUGGCAAAUUAAAUUAUUCCACUGCCUUAGAUGUAACUUCCUAUUUAGCCCAUGAAACAGAAUAUCUUCCCUGGAAAGCGGCUUUAACGGGCAUGGGCUAUUUGAAUGGAAUGCUAAUCAAAUUUCAAGGAUACGACAAAUUUAGGGUAUAUGCUUUGAAACUUUUGGACAACAUUUACAAGCAAACAGGUUUUAAAGAUUCUUACGAUGAUCCUCAACUAACUGUAUUCACCCGUAUCAAUGUGCUUAACUGGGCCUGCGCAUUUGGCCAUGAAGAUUGCGUGAGGAAUGCUGUUAAGCAGUUUAUUAAUUGGAGAAAUGAACCAAAUCCAGAUGAGAAUAAUCCAAUUUCACCAAAUUUGAAGAGUGUCGUCUACUGUACGGCAAUACGAGUUGGUGGACAAUCGGAAUGGGAGUUUGCUUGGCAGCGUUACGUAGCGAGCAACGUGGGAACCGAAAGAGAUCUUCUUUUAGGUGCACUCGGAUGUACAAGAGAAACUUGGUUAUUGAGCAGAUACCUAGACUGGGCAAUAACAGAUAAUUCAGGAAUAAGAAAACAAGACGUCACCCGAGUAUUUGGAUCAGUUGCCAAUAAUAUAAUUGGGCAACCACUGGCUUUCAACUACAUGAGGAAUAAAUGGAGUGAAAUUCGAAAAUACAUUGGAAGAUCUCUUACGAGUAUUGGUAGCAUUGUCAAAGCUGCUACAAAGAACAUUAACACCAAAUACGAGUUGAAAGAUUUGUUGGAUUUUGCAAACGAACAUGCAGAGGAUCUUGGAGGUGCGACUAGAUCAGUGCAACAAUCUGUUGAACAAGCUGAAGCUAAUCUCAGAUGGAUAGAACAAAAUCAUGAUACGAUUCGCGCAUGGCUAAACCGUAAUACUGCGUAAAAGUUAUAACUUGCGAAUACACGCUACGUGGGGGACAAAUUGAAAUAAGAAUUCGUCAUUGGGCCCAAAUUUUACAUUUUUAUUUUGAUAAAACGAACCGAGUAUUCUCGUAAUGCGAACAAAUCUAUAUUAAAUCUUCUCUGUAUCUAUUUGUAUAUAAAACGCGUGAUGUUAAUAUAUGAAAAAUAAUAUUAUAAAAACUAUAGACAGAUAAUCUACUAAUAAGUAAUAAGGUAAUGCAAAAAGUGUCCAAGAGAUUUGAAUAUGUAUAGAAAACAGUCGCCGUCUUUGGUGUACUUUAUUUUUCUUUGGUUUUUCGUCAGGAAAGCCUGAUGUUGCCAGAUCAAUGUGAAAGAAACUUUAAAGAAGAUUGUCACUUUACAUUUGCAAACCGUAAAAAAGCGCACAGCAUCAAAGCCUUUGCAACAAGUAUUCCUUUUUUCUAUGAGUAUCAUUAUGUGGUUAAAAAGUCGUCCAUUAAGAACAAUGUCAAAUAUAUAUAUAUAUAAUUAUAGAAACAGGUGUCUAAAGUGAUGCUAAGAUAUUUAUAACUCAAAUAUAAUUUUAAGAUUGUCUUAUCUCAAAAUGCCAUUGUCGGUAGAGCGGGAAUAAAACUGUAUGAUUGUGUACUUACAUAUUCGAAGACAAUCAAUUAUUUGAUAUAAAACUCAAA